CCACAGUCUCAGCUCUGCAUCGUUUUGCAACUUCCUUGCCAGAGCUCCUGCCUUUUUUUUUUUGUUUUUUUAAGGCCAACAAUUUCUUCUAAUAAGAAAGUAGGGGUUAAGAUGAAAUUCACUGAAGUAUUGGCCCGACCCUUUGUAGGACAGCAAGAGCUCGUCUUUAACAGCCAGAGCGCCAUUGCUAUUGAGGAAAGACCUUCCUACUGCCUCACUGUCCUAAAACGAUCCGUUGUAAAGCUUUGGAAUCAUAAUCGUUGCCUCCUGCUCGCAUCGCCAACUAUAAUGGACCCCAAACACACGGGAGAUAUGUUGAAGCAUUUGGAGAAACAGAAUGAACUACUUAUGGAAGCCUAUAGAUCAAUGUCUCAUGAACUGCAUAAACUUCAGGUAGAGGAGGAAAUGUUAAUGCGCAAGUUUUAUGAAAUAAUGUCUGCUCAUGGUAAAAUUAGUAAGAAGGAAGAUCGUCGUAAUAUUUCAGAUGAUGGCAGCAAAGUUGGAGACUCCACUGCUCUAGUUACCACAACAAACAAUGACGAGCAGUGAAUAUUCGUAAAUAUUACUUUUGAGAUUUGUAUAUAAAUUAUUUUUUACAUAAGAUCUUAUUAAUCAAAUCUAUGUCAUCCUAGUUAUAAUUGAUAUAUGAUAAUGUUCUUGUUUUGGCAUGA